AGAUAACAAGCGCCACCUUGUGUUCUCAGUUCUCAGUUCUAUUCGUCAAUGGAAAUCAAGAGGAGCUGGCAAGACCUGUAUUGACUGUUGACAAUAAUUCUCAAGUUGAGAACAAGAGGCCACCAUGGCAUCUCUUUCAAGCAUUCUGCCUGCUCCGGUGCAACGAUUUGAUAGAGAUGAUGAAGAAAGAAGUAUUAGAGCCCAGAUGCAGGUUGCUCCCAUCUCAAGUAAUCGCACAGCACCUCCUUAUGGACACAGGAAGGGAUGGAUUCCAAGAACACAAGAAGAUUUUGGUGAUGGUGGUGCUUAUCCUGAAGUCCCCAUUGCUCAAUACCCUCUUGGCAUGGGGAAGAAACAGACUACGUCCAACGCUCUUGCUGUCCAACUAGAUGCCGAGGGAAAGAUAAAAUAUGAUGCCAUUGCCAGACAAGGUCAUGGAAAAGACAAGGUCAUCCAUUCUCGGCCCCAAGACUUGAUACCGAAACCUAUUGAGGAUGAUGAUCCAUCUCUGCAACGUCCUAAUGAGGAAAGUGUAGAAGAAAAUACAGAGAAGACGAGAUUGGCACUGGAGAAACUUGUGUCGGGCAAGAUCAGUGCUGCCAUGCCAGUGAGACACGCAGAGAAACAGGCCCCUGCCCAGUACAUCAGGUACACCCCCUCACAGCAGGGUGUGGCUUUUAAUUCCGGAGCAAAGCAGCGUAUCAUUCGUAUGGUGGAGACUCAGAAAGACCCUAUGGAGCCUCCGAAAUUCAAGGUGAACAAGAAGAUCCCUCGAGGGCCUCCAUCUCCACCAGCCCCUGUGAUGCAUUCUCCUAACAGAAAGGUAUCUGUGAAGGAACAACAAGACUGGAAGAUUCCCCCAUGCAUCUCUAAUUGGAAGAACAACAGAGGUUACACAAUUCCUCUGGACAAACGUUUAGCUGCAGAUGGCAGGGGCCUCCAGGGUGUUCGUAUCAACGAAAAUUUCGCAAAACUGGCAGAAGCUCUCUACAUUGCUGACAGAAAGGCCAGGGAAGCUGUGGAAAUGCGUAACACGAUUGAGAAGACCAAGGUUAAGAAUAUCAAGGAGAGGAGAGAGCAGAAUCUGCGCCAGCUGGCCCAGAAAGCCAGAGAGGAAAGAGCUGGAAUCCGCAGGGAGGAUGGUGGAGAUAAAGAUGAAGUUGUUGCAGAGCGUGAUGAGAUCAGAAAAGAUCGAGCCAAAGAGAGAGCAAGAGACAGGAACAUUGCUCGAGCUGCGCCAGAUAAAAGAAAUCGUCUGCAAAGAGACAAAGAGAGAGACAUUAGUGAGAAGAUUGCUCUGGGCAUGCCAAACACUGGGGCUGGAGGAAGCAGAGAAACACAAUUUGACCAGAGACUUUUCAAUCAGUCAAAGGGUAUGGACAGUGGUUUUGGUGACGAUGAAGCCUACAAUGUCUACGACAAGCCAUGGCGUGAUGAAGGGUCCAUAUCCCGCUCCAUAUACCGGCCAUCAAAGAACAUUGACAAUGACCAGUAUGGAGAUGACUUGGAGACAAUCAUGAAACAAAAACGAUUUGUCCCCGACAAAGACUUUGAAGGCACAGAUCGUAACCGGCGGCGUGAAGGUCCAGUCCAGUUUACGCGAGAUGUGGAGGAGGAUCCUUUCAACUUGGACAGAUUUAUCACAGAGGCUAAGAAGGGCCAAAAGAGGUCAGCGGAUGAGCCUGGCUCCUCACGGGACUACGAUGGCAGCAGUAAAGGAAGUGGAAGCAAGAAACGAAGAGACUGAUGAUCAUUCACGAUUUGGACAUUGUUGUAUCACGUUCUUAUCUCAAUACUUGUCCC